ACUCAACAGCCCGAAGACCACCCUCUUCACGGACAAGCACAAGUCGCACCAACCUGCCAUCACCUUUCACGCGCCCAACACUGUGUGGAGGUGGUGCCUUCGUCAUCACAUCAAAGCACUUCCCGAGGCCCCUGGACAGACUGUGACCCACUGGCUCUACCACGCAGCCAGGGCGCUAACCCGCACCAAGUUCAUGGACAUCAUGGACACCAAGGUCAAGCCAACGAAGCCGAAAGCCUACGCCGCUCUAUUGGACCCAACCAAACCCCACGAACUUGUCAAGUGGACGCACUACGCUGGACCCACCGACACAGCCAUCGGGGGUGCCGUGUUGUCCAACGCGGCCGAGCAAAACAUGGCUAUGGUAGGCCUGCAGCGUGGGGAGGAAGUUGCCGCUCUACAACAUGGCCCAGCACAUCCUGGACAAGACCGCCUCCCAGAUGGCAGAGAGGGCUGAACUUGUCAACAGCGCCUCGCAGAGGUUUACCCCUUUCGCCGCUAAGGAGUUCGAGGCUCAGCGCGCGAAGUCCAGCAACCUGCACUCCAGCGCCACCGGGAACGGCAACUUCACUGUUCGCAAACUAGGC